AAUUAGGUGUACCCUCCUCUAGGGCAUAUGGCUAUAUUCUAGCUUUGCAGGUGGAUUCUAGCCUUGCCAGGUGUUCACGGUAAAACGGGAUAUCGCUAGGAUAUGGCAACUGGUCAUUCAACAACCUUCACAGGACAGCAUUGCCUGGGUUCCCUUGUCCUCUGGCGAGGAUUCUCCAAGGCGUCUCACCACAUGACCCGGCUCAGAAACGUCAAAAUUCACGUGGAGAGAGCUGUUAAGCAGAAGAAGAUCUUUACAAUCCAAGGCCGCUACCCAGUAAUCCGAUGUCUCUUGCGCCAGAGGGGCUGGGUAGAGAAGAAGUUAGUUCAUCAUGUGGGCACCACCCUGCUGCCGCCCCAGAAGGAUCUGGAUAGCUCAGUGAUGGGUGAUAGUGACACCACUGAGGAUGAGGAUGAAGAUGAAAACGAAGAGUUCCGGCAACCACAGCUGUUCAGCUUUGAUGAUUUCCUGGAAUUCGAUGACCUAGAUGGGACACAUGCUCUGAUGUCCCGCCUGGUUCGGAAUGAGACUCCCUACUUCAUCUGGACAACUCGGCGGGAUGUGCUAGACUGUCGUUUCCUCUCUAAGGAUCAGAUGAUAAACCACUAUGCCCGGGCUGGCUCCUUUACCACAAAGGUGGGUCUAUGUCUCAGUCUCCGGAAUUUGCCAUGGUUUGAUGAGGCUGAUGCUGAUUCCUUUUUCCCACGCUGCUACCGCCUGGGGGCUGAGGAUGACAAAAAAGCCUUCAUAGAGGACUUCUGGCUGACAGCUGCCCGCAACGUUCUCAAGCUGGUGGUGAAGUCUGAAUGGAAGUCAUUCCCUAUCCAGGCAGAAGACAAGGAGGACUCAGGAGACAAGGAGCCCAAGAAACAGGAAAAAAAGCCAGUGUUGGUGUCACCAGAGUUCGUAGAUGAAGCUCUAUGUGCAUGCGAGGAGCACCUUAGCAUCCUGGCCCACAUGGACAUUGACAAGGACCUGGAGGCCCCACUGUACCUCAGCCCUAAGGGCUGGUCCCUCUUCCUCCAGCACUACUACCAAGUGGUCCACGAGGGGGCAGAGCUCAGUUACCUGGACACUCAGGUCCAGCGCUGUGAGGACAUUCUGCAGCAACUGCGUGCCGUGAUACCACAGAUCGACAUGGAAGGGGAUCGCAACAUCUGGAUCGUGAAACCAGGAGCCAAGUCUCGUGGACGAGGCAUCAUGUGCAUGGACCACCUGGAAGAGAUGCUGAAACUGGUGGAUGGCAACCCCCUGAUGAUGAAGGAUGGCAAAUGGGUGGUACAGAAGUAUAUUGAGCGGCCCCUCCUCAUCUUUGGUACCAAGUUUGACCUGAGACAGUGGUUCCUGGUGACCGACUGGAAUCCACUUACCGUGUGGUUCUACCGUGACAGCUACAUCCGCUUCUCCACACAGCCCUUUUCCCUGAAGAACCUGGACAACUCGGUGCAUCUGUGCAACAACUCCAUCCAGAAGCACCUAGAGAAUUCGUGCCAUCGGCAUCCGCUUCUGCCUUCAGACAACAUGUGGUCCAGCCGGAGGUUCCAGACCCACUUGCAGGAGAUGGGGGCCCCAAAUGCUUGGUCCACUGUCAUCGUGCCUGGCAUGAAGGCUGCCGUGAUCCAUGCGCUUCAGACCUCCCAGGACACUGUGCAGUAUCGGAAGGCCAGCUUUGAGCUCUAUGGUGCUGACUUUGUAUUUGGUGAGGACUUCCAGCCCUGGCUAAUUGAGAUCAACGCCAGCCCCACCAUGGCACCCUCCACAGCCGUCACUGCCCGGCUCUGCGCUGGUGUGCAAGCUGACACCCUCCGUGUGGUCAUCGACUGGCGGCUGGACCGCAACUGUGACACAGGAGCCUUUGAGCUCAUUUAUAAGCAGCCUGCUGUGGAGGUGCCCCAGUAUGUGGGUAUCCGGCUCCUGGUGGAGGGCUCCACAAUCAAGAAGCCCAUGACGAUGUGUCAUCAGCGGUUGGGUGUCCGCCCAGCACUCCCUCAUCUGCUGACCCAGCAAGGCUCUGGGGAAGCCCCUUACCACUUCCCCAGCCACCACACCAAAGCCCGGCUGCCUUCUCCCCACGUGCUCCGACCCCAGGGGCGGGUCCUCAGACUGCAGCACAGCAAGCUGGUGGGCUCUAAGGCCCUGUCGACCACAGGCAAGGCCUUGAUGACUCUACCUAUGGCCAAGGUUUUCAUUUCUUUCCCACCUAACCUUGAUCUCCAGGUGGCACCCAGCAUCCCGGAGCCAAGAAAGGUGGGCCUUGAACUGUGACCCCUCAUACCCUGGUGGGCACUGGGGUCAGGGCUGGAGGGCACAGGCAGAGGGUGGCUCCCAGGCUGGCUGGCACCCCAAGGGAAGGGCUUGUCUCCCUCAGAACCCCCUUCCUAAGCAGAUUCCUGGUCAUCUCUCCCCUUUUCCCUCCUUUCAUGCUGAGGCUGUUGCUCUCCCGCGCUUCCGAGGUCCCCACCUGGAAAUGCCUUGCUGCCUCUGCCCUCUGAGGUCGGAAUUCUUCCUAGCAUCCACAGAA